CAAUAAUGGAUUUGCAACAAAAGCUUACCAAUGACACUGUUAUUGCCGGUGUUGUUGGAACUGUGGGUGCCUAUUUGACCUACAAGCUCUAUAAGACUAUUUCCCAGCCCUCGGAAGGGAACAUGCCACCAAUUGCACCCGGAAGACAGCCCUUUGUUGGCCACUUGUUGCAGAUGAACCAGCCAAUCCCUCCUCAAAAGGUCUUUUCCAAGUGGGCCAAGGAAGUCGGUCCUGUCUAUACUGUCCACAUGGGUACCAAGAGAUGGAUCAUUCUUAACAACACCGAAUCCGUUCGUGACCUGAUUGUCAACAGAGGCGCCAUCUAUUCCUCCAGAGACCUCUCGCCUCUUCUUGUAGACAUCUUGUUCCACGGAGUUGAGAAUGGUGGUGGAUUGCCUUUCUUCCCCUAUGGCAAGGAAUGGCGUUACUUGCGUCGCUUGACUCAUGCCAGUCUUUUGAAGAGAAAGGUCGAUAGUUAUCAGCACAUUCUCGAGGACCGUCGUCUGGAUUUCCUCAAAAACCUCGAAGAAGCCAACAAGGCUGGAGCAGAGGAAGGUUUCUGUAUGAACACUCAAAUCGAACACUUGGCCAUGACUACAGUGCUUUCGAUCGUGUACGGAGGAGAGCUGUGCUAUUAUGAUACCAACAACCCCGACUUACAUGCCAUUUAUGCACAAACAUCCGAGUCUACCGCAGUUCUUCAACCCAGCGAGCAGAUCCGCGAAUUCCUUCCCAUCUUCAGUUUCCUCAUCCCCUCUCGCGUCAAGCAGUACGAAGGUCUUGUCAAGAGAACCGACACCUUCCACGGCAACUUGCUCAAACAAUUCAAGGAGAAAAUGGCCAAGAACCCCGACAAUGUCGAGAAUUGUUUCAUGAAAGACAUGCUCACCGAGAACAGCGACAUCACUGACCUUCGUCUGUCUGAUCUUGCAAUGGUAUUCGUGGCUGCUGGCUCAGACACAACUUCCGGAACUCUUCAGUGGCUCGUUGCUGCUUUGGCCAACCACCCUGAAGUCCAGGACAGAGCAUAUGCCGAUAUUUUAGAGAAUGUCGGCAAGGAUCGUCUUCCUGGUCCUGAGGAUGAGGAGAACCUCCCUUACAUCAAGGGUAUCCUCUUUGAGACUCUUCGUCUCCACCCUCCUGCCCCUCUUUCUGUUCCUCACUGCACUACUGAGGACGAUGUGUACGGUGACUGGAUUAUUCCCAAGGGUACCACCAUCGUUAUGAACCUUGACUCUAUUCAUCGUGACCCUACUCGUUACCCUCAGCCCGACAAGUUCUUACCCGAGCGUCAUCUGGAGUUCAUCAAGAACAGCAAAAACCAGACCAGCCAGUCGGUCGAAGACAGACCCCACUUGUCUUUCUCAAGUGGUCGCCGCAUGUGUGUCGGUAUUCACUUGGCCGAGCGCAGUUUGUUCACCACUGCCACAGGUCUGCUCGCAACUUACCGUAUCGAGCGUGUGUCUGAGGAGCUUAUUGACGUGAGCAUCCAGAGAGAUAUCUAUGGUGUCACAUCCAACCCUGUUCCCCACAAUGUUCGUCUUGUCCGAAGGGUCCCUAUUGCUUAAGAAAAAAUCCAAAAAAAAAACGAAACCAAAUAUUCCAAAAAAAAAAAAACUUAUUAAGAGCAAUUUAUAUAUCAUCCUUGUUCAUUCAUCUUGAAUUUCUUAUUUUACCCCUUCACCUUUUUAUCACCACUAUCACAACCACCAUAAAAUCAGCAUUAUUAAUAAAUCAAGCUAUUAUGCAUUAUUC